CUUCACUUUCAUCUUAUUUGAAUGGCUUUAGUCAAACCUGACACAUUUUCUCAGACUGGCUACUCUUUUACCAUAGGAGAGUCUUUGGAGGUCCCCAAGCCGACUUUUGUUAAUAAACUUAAGGUUAAUAUAACAGUACCGUAGGAGCCGUUUUUUGCAAAUUCGGGGGAAAUUGAAUUGUAUUUUUAAGGGAGGGGUGAGAAGUCCAAAAUGGACUGACACAAACCAAUCUGAGCAGAUCAAGAGAAGCAAAAUGUAAAUAACGUGUUGAAAGAAAUGACAGUAGGUCUUCAUGCUGUGGUUAAAUGAAAACUCCAUUCUUUGGUAGGAAAUCUAAGCACAGAUUUAAGAGAAAUCUAAGAAGGAAAUCUAAGACCACAAGCUAUAAAUGACGAUGAAUGUUCCUGUAUACUCUUAAAGAAAACCCUUGGGCUUAUUUAUUUGAGAUGUUUUUCAACAUUACUUAUUUCAAUACAUCUUUAUCUAAAUUUUAAAUUUUGUCAAAAUGAACAUUCUCUUCCAAAACGAGAAUCAAAUUACUUGCUUCUGUGAAAUAGCAAGGCAAAUCAAAAUCUGUUUUUGGUGUGCCCACUGGUUCCAGAUUAUAAUAACUUUGUGGGUAGUUGUUUUGCACUGACUCACAGCAAUAAAAACAGAGCCUCUACAUAUUGGUUGAGGCCAGCUGUUCACUUGUGUGCUGUACCUCUUUUGCAGGUUUUUUAGUUCAUCCAUGGCCUGUCCUUUGCCUAAAGCACUCUAAUCUGGUCUAAGGACAUGGUGAUGGCAUGCCUAAGAUGCGUGACCUAAAAAAUUGGAUUUAAAUGUGAAAAAUUGAUAAGUGAUGGUGCACCUGGCAUAUAUGGAUGCUUUCUGUGCAACCAUGGUGCAGGGCUGUUUGUGCAACCAGAAUCUUGUCCCUGCUAGCCAUACACUGCAAACUGGUUUUCACAGUCAUAGUAUUGUCUGUGGGAGACUUGUUAAUAUUAGGGAUGUGACACCCUUAGAACCCCUCUUUUUUGCAUCCAUGCCAACAUACAAAACUUUGUAUCAAGUUAAAAUGGAUAAUAAUUGAAUAUUGAUGGCUUUCUCAGGCCUCUCAGUUUUAGGUAUUUGAUUUCUUGUCCGGGCCUUGGCAUGCACCCAGGUGAGACAAGGGAGAAAAGAAACUACCACUUCCAACCUUUCAUUGCAAUGGAUGCUUUUGCAAAGCACAAGAAACUGAUCAACGAUUAUUUAAGAUACUAUGGUGGAAGCAUGUCAGAUUUUCAGAGAUCAAGGGAAAACUAUAAAACAGAUCAUGAUGUCAUUAAAGAGAACCACAGAUUUGUUUGGGAAGAUGAGGAUGAAGAAGAUAAUUCUUGGGGAAAAUCUUUAGCAAAAAAAUAUUAUGACAAAUUAUUUAAAGAGUAUUGCAUAUCAGAUUUGAGCAGGUACAAAGAGAAUAAGUUUGCAAUGAGAUGGAGGACAGAAAAAGAGGUUAUGGAUGGGAAAGGACAAUUCAUUUGCGGGGGUAGAAAAUGUGACACACAGGAGGAGCUUCAAAGCUGGGAGGUCAAUUUUGGAUACGUUGAGCAUGACAUGAAGAAAAACGCCCUAGUGAAAUUAAGGCUGUGCUCCAGCUGUUCUGCAAAAUUAAACUUCCACCAAAAACGUAAGAUCGCAGAGAGAAAAAGACAGAAAACCGAACCUGAAAAACAAAGGAAAAGAGAAAAGAAGAAAAAGAAGAGUAAAACUAAAAAAGCCAAAAGACGAAGGAAAAGUUCCAGCUCUUCUGACGAAGCAAGCGGAGAAGAAAAAGAGGAUGAUAAGGAAGUGACAUCAAGUAAAUCAGUUGAAGAAGAACAGACAACAGCAAUUUGGAGUCAGCCUGCUGAGCAAUCAGUUGAAAAAUCGAGGGAAGAAGAGCUUGAAGAUUAUUUGGAGGAUCUAUUCUUCUAACUGAUGGCUGCCUGUAACUACGUGACGGUCUCAAAGAAGCAUGGUAAUGUAGUGACAAGUACAUUUAUAAGCCUCAUUUUGACAUCGAGGGCGUAACUGUAAAGCAGGUUCUCCAUUCUGGAAAGCACCUUUGCCUUUUCCGAAAGGUAAUACGGAAAAACGUUUGAAUAGAUCGAACAUUAGAGUGGCCUACAUUCUUUAACAGAACAGAUUAAACCUCUGUUUCUUGUUAGUGUUUGUGAUAUAUUGCUAUAGCCAGAUAUUGCCAAACUCAUUGCUUUACCGUUUGUUAAGAUUCUUAUGAAGGAUAAUGCUUGGCUCAUUUUUAUCCUAUGUUAAUAUCUUGGUAAUGACUGGUUUCUAAAUGUGGAACAGGCAAGAUUUUGAAUUUUUUCUUUUUGAUAA